AUAUCUCUUUGACCUUUUAUUUCUCCUCCCUCCCUUCAUCUCACAGGCAACACCCCAUCUUCCUCUGCAAAAUCUAUAGGCGGUUCUGAAUUUCCAAUCCCCACCAUUUCCCAACCAAUCUCGAUCUCCGUCUCUCUAUUUUUUUUGUAUCAGCCAAAUCCCAUUCUCUUCCUACAUUCAAUCUAAUUCUCAAGUUCUAGGAGUUAUUUCUCUCGUUUCCUUCUUAUGGGGCCGACCGAGGAUCCGGAUGACUCGGUUCUGACUCGUCUCGCCGAAUCUGUUAAAGCGAUCUCGGAGUUGCCCGAGUGCCGAAACGUCUGCAAGAAGAUGUACGGGAACCUGGUUCGGAGAGUCAAGCUCCUGAGUCCUCUCUUCGAGGAAUUGAGGGACAGCGAGGAAGAGCUCCGCGAAGAUGAGGUCAAGGCCUUAGAACUCCUGCGACUGGCUCUGGAUUCAGCUAUAGAGCUUCUCCGUUCGGUGAACGGAGGGAGCAAGCUCUAUCAGGCUCUGCAAAGGGAAAAGAUUGCACAGAAGUUCCACCAUGUAACGGAACAAAUUGAAGCAGCAUUGAACGAGAUUCAUUAUGAUAACCUUAAUAUAUCCGAGGAGGUCCGCGAACAGAUUGAACUAGUACAUGCUCAAUUCAAAAGAGCCAAAGGAAAAAUGGACUCCCUUGAUUUUCAAUUGGACAUGGAUUUAGCCAUAGCACAGAAAGAAAAAGACCUGGACCCGGCAAUAAUCAAAAGACUUUCUGAAAAGCUGUAUCUCAAGACUAUCAAUGAUGUUAAGAAAGAGUCACUUGCAUUCCAUGAAUUGGUUAUCUCGAGUGAUAUAGAACCAAGAGACAGCUUUGAAGAAAUGUCAUCAUUGUUUAAGAAGAUAAAAGACUGGGUACAGAUGGCAAAUCCACAAGUCGACACCUCUGAGGGUGAAAUGAGAUUGAUUAAGCACAGAUCUCCUGUUAUCCCAGAUGAUUUCAGAUGUCCAAUAUCUCUUGAGCUGAUGAAAGAUCCUGUGAUUGUUGCUACUGGACAGACUUAUGAAAGGUCCAGCAUUCAGAAAUGGCUUGAUGCAGGACAUAAAACCUGUCCCAAGACACAGCAGACACUGUUGCACACGGCCCUAACUCCUAACUACGUUUUGAAAAGUCUGAUUGCUUUAUGGUGUGAGAGUAAUGGCGUUGAGCUUCCAAAAAAGCAAGCAAAUUGUAAAAGCAAGAAAUCCGGAUGCAAAGUUUCAGACUGUGAUCGUGCUGCUGUCAAUGAGUUAUUGGAAAAACUGGCAACUGGGAAUCCAGAACAGAAAAGAGCAGCUGCUGGUGAGUUCAGGUUGCUUGCAAAGAGGAAUGCAGAUAAUAGAGUAUGUAUUGCUGAAGCAGGAGCCAUACCACUUCUUGCAGACCUAGUGUCCUCUUCAGAUCCCCGAACACAGGAGCAUGCUGUUACAGCACUUCUCAACCUUUCCAUCAAUGACAGUAACAAGGGAACUAUUGUAAAUGCAGGAGCCAUUCCUGAUAUAGUAGAGGUGUUAAAAAAUGGAAGCAUGGAAGCUAGGGAAAAUGCAGCUGCAACUCUUUUCAGUUUAUCUGUAGUAGAUGAGUACAAGGUCAAAAUAGGAGCAGCAGGGGCUAUCCCAGCUCUCAUAACGUUGCUAUGUGAGGGGACUCCAAGAGGGAAGAAGGAUGCUGCCACUGCUAUUUUCAAUCUUUCAAUCUAUCAGGGGAACAAGUCAAGAGCUGUGAAGGCUGGUAUUGUGGCCCCACUGAUGAGGUUGCUGAAGGAUGCUGGAAGUGGGAUGGUCGACGAAGCACUAGCAAUCCUUGCGAUUCUUGCAAGCCAUUUCGAAGGGAAGAUAGCCAUUGGUCAAGGUGAGCCAAUCCCUGUUUUGGUGGAGUUUAUAAGAACUGGUUCCCCACGCAAUCGGGAGAAUGCCGCAGCAGUAUUGUGGUCUCUAUGCACGGGUGAUUUGCAGCAGUUGAAACUAGCCAGGGAGCAUGGUGCAGAAGAGGCAUUGAAGCAACUGUCAGAGAAUGGUACUGACAGGGCCAAGAGAAAAGCUGGAAAUAUUUUAGAACUCCUCCAUCAAGUUGAAGUGGUUGUCGAAGCAUAAAAUUCCAAGUGUUCUUGUGGUCUUUUGGUGCGUUGUUGGCAUGGAGAAAGUAUAGUUCCUAGAUAUGUUUCAUAAGGUUGUGCAGGAAAACUUUUCCAAAAUGUAUACAAAUGUACACAUCAUCAUUUCAUCGACUGGCUGGGUCUUUGUGCACAAAGAAAUAUGUUUGCGGGCUAUGUAUCAACAUCAAAGAUGGCGUGUAUCGGGUGUCAAAAAUGGGUUGGUUGUUUAUCAGACAGUUCGCCCCCAGAUCAUCAAAAAUACUUCUUUUAAAAAUCCAACCAGCAUUGCAAGGGGCAGCAUACAUGAACAUUUUCAGAAAAUUUUCAAACCAUACUCGGGUUUUGUAAGAGAAACUGGAAAAACGAGGUACACCCUUAACGCUGUCAAACUUGCUUCAUCAAAAUUUAUUUUUGUUUGUAUAUGGUAAUCAAGAAUGUAUUUUGAGUUUCAUAUUCUUGUAUACUUCGAACUAAGUCAAUGUCGCAGUAUCAUGUGAUUUUAUUGUGUUUGUUACAGUGAAAAUUAUAAACGUGAAUUUUUGCAA